UUAAUCUGUUUUAGUAUCAAUUGAGCGUUUGAAGCUUGUGGAUUGUGCUUGAAUUGCAGGUGAAAUAGUUCAAUAUGUCCAAGGAUAAUCUAACUGCUGUUUUACACGGCAUUGAGGAUCUGCGUUUGGAGCAAUGUCCCAUACCUGUAAUCUCUGAUGAUGAAGUGCUGUUGGCAAUGGACUCGGUUGGCAUUUGCGGCUCAGAUGUGCACUAUUUAGAAAAGGGUCGCAUUGGUCAUUUCGUGCUUACCAAGCCCAUGAUAAUUGGCCAUGAAGCUGCUGGCGUCGUUACAAAAGUUGGCAGCAAAGUUCGCCAUUUGGCCGUAGGAGACAGAGUUGCCAUUGAGCCUGGUACACCAUGCGGCAAGUGUGAGUUGUGCAAACAGGGCAGCUACAAUCUUUGCGAGGGAAUGGUCUUCUGUGCCACGCCGCCAUACGAUGGUAAUCUAACCCGAUACUAUAAGCAUCCGGCUCACUUUUGCUAUAAGCUGCCUGAUCACGUAAGCAUGGAGGAAGGUGCUCUGCUGGAACCGCUUUCCGAUGUGGAUGGCAAAAGCAACUUGACAGUAGAUUCUUCACAUACGGCAGAGAUUUUUAAUUUUUUUCCAUCAACUCCAUCCACGAAUGUUAGCUGCGAUAAAGUAGAGGCGACCAAUACUGUAGGAGAAGUUGACAUAAACAAGGAGAAAAUAAAUUUUGAAUCUAGAGCCAACGUUGCAAGCCAUGUAAUGUCACAAAUCUCUCCAGAGGUUGCCCCAUGGAGUGGUACAGCCGAAACGCUUCGAAUGUCUAGCUCUAGCUCUAGCUCUGAGCCACCAGCCAACAAUGAAGAAAAAAUAAAUAUUCUUGGCGGCCAACAGUCUGACAAAAACUCCAAAGCUAGCACGAUUUUUGUAGAAUCAGUACAAAAUACGGAUAGUCAAGAUAAGUCAGAUAUUGACGGAAAAAAUGAGUCCCAAUCGACGUACGCUGAGAAGCCAAAGGAGCCAUCAUCUGCAAAAACACCAAACCCCCCAUUAGGCGAGCUAGUAAAUGCCUUUGUUCUCAAAAAUGCACAAAACAAUAAUCAAGCUACUUAUAAAACUAAUAAGGUCUUUGAUCUUAACACUAUCGAGCAAUAUCAAAAUAGUUUUAGCAAUCUUGAGGUAAAAGCUAAUAAAUCAAGUAGUGACUCAAUAGAUCAAGUAAAAGCGGAAACUAACUUAACGCCUGGCGAUCUAUAUGACUCAAAGAGUGAAACACCUAUUUAUGAAGAACGUACGGGCAGAGAUACACCGCAAACAUCAGAGCACGAAAAAUUAAUGGACCCUACUGUGGUAAAGCCAACCAAAAUCGAGCAUAUAAAACCUUCGGACGGAGUACAGGCUAAGUCUCCAAUUCAUAAAAGUAGUUCGAAGGAAGGCAAAGCUGAAGACGUGCAAAAGAUUAAUGAAGCGGAAUUAAAGCAAGUUCUAAGUAGCGAACAAUUUGAUAAAAAGGUAGAAGAAAGACCUUCACUAGCCCAAUAUCUGUAUGAAUUAAUUGUGGGCAAAGGAAAUAGCAGCAAUAAUAAAGGGGGCAACAAUAAUCGACGAGGUCUUGCCACUUAUAGCGCUGUUCGCGGCUUUACUUCAAGCUCGACAUCAGAUGGUGAUACUUUUAUUUCGCCGGAUUUGCCAAAACGCGGAUUGGGUGCAGCGGCAAUACUUGAUUCACGGAAUACUGAAUACUAUAAAAAUAAAACAACUGAAGAUAACCAAAAUGACAAGAAGCUAGGGGACAAUCUUAAUAGUGAAAUGCAUCCAAAAGAACUUACAAGCCAACUUUAUCGAGUCACUUGCUUAAAAAAACAUAAUGUUAGCCAAGCGCCUACAUUUAAGCCAUCAAGUGCGGAACCAACAAUGUGUAGCAAUAAUGAGGAAAUUACUUGGAAUCCCCAGCCACACUUCAUAAUGAUUACACUGAGAAAAAAAAUUCAUACAACCGUUAAUAAUCCAAUGUCGUCCACGGAAAUUAAAGGUGGCACCCCACACAAGUGUGAAGACAAAAGCCCAAGGGCGCAGUUGAAGAGAAAGGCAGAAAGCUCUCAAAUUAAAAUUAAGGGUGGAUCAAAGAAAUGUUGGAAAAAGCUUAGAGAUCUUCGAAAACCGAUAAAAGAUGAUGACUGUUAAAAGUCUACAAUUAGCGAUCGUUUAAGAAAAAAAAGAAAUUCGUUGGAUCCACCUGAAGCUCAAAGUGACAAGGGAGGCUCACAUUAUACUCUGUAGCCACUGAUGGAGGGACGGUUGUGAGGCCACAACAAGCAAUGCUUGGAAUUCAAAGUUUUUAAUUUAUGCAUAUGUAUUAUACAAUGUGUAAAAUGUGCUAUUUCACUUAAUAAAGUA